AUGCUGCUAAAGCACAUCGAUAACGUGGAAGAGCGCUUCGACCAGGCGCUGCAGCGCGUGCGCGACGGGGUGCGCCGCCGCGACGCCGCCCUCAACGACAUCCGUCAGUCCAUCCACGCCGAAAGCGAGCUUCACGCGCCUCUGCGUGAGAUCAGCAACGUGCAGUACCGGCUCAUGCCGCAGUACGUGCACCGCAGCGCAGCACUGGCGCGCACCGUCGCGGCGAACGCGUCGCUGGCAGAACGCAGCUCGAAGCGGGUGCGACGGCUUGACGCGCUGCUACAGCGCGUGCAGCAGACGUGUGCCAUCGUGGACGCCAUGAAGGCGAUGGAGAACGACGUGGCGCAAAUGUCGUCUGUCCUGGACUCUGGAGACAUUGAUAAAAUACUUCAGCUCCUGCACUCGUACGAGGCAGCACAGCGUGUGCUGGCCUCAGCCUCUCCAGCCACUGCCGUUGCUGUGGAGGCGAAGGCAUCAGAGGUAGGCACUGGGGGUGGCGCGUCCUUGUCAGCGGCGGGAGCAGCGUCGAACGCGACAUCCGUCAGCGACGUCAUGCGCCACGCUCGAGCGACCGUGCAGGCGCGCCUGCUCAAGAUGAUCGAGGACGCCGUGCAGGUGAACGACAAGCUGGCCAUCAUGAAGGGCACGAAGCUACUAGCGGAGCUGGGCGAGGGCGCCGUGGCGUCGCAGCUGUACAGCGACUGGAUCGCUGAUCACACGAUUGCCGCGCUGGCGAAGCUCAUCGAUAGCGAAAUGAGAAAGAUGGAGGACUCAGCGACGGUGGCCAUGACGCACCUCGCACUCGUCUCGCAGUGCCUCGACAACGUCGCCGCCGCGUUCGAGAGCGACGAGGAGUUCACGUAUGAGGCCUUCGGCGCGCAGGGGCCGCUGGCGCUGCUGGCGAAGCUGCACAGCCGCGCCACGGCCCGAUGUGUGCCGGUGCUGAGCGACUUUAUCGAGCGCCGCAAGGACGUGCUGACUCAGCUGGAGAAGCACGCGUCGGCCGGCGACGGUGCCAGUGGUGCCUCUCGCGCGUCGACCCCGUCCAUGAACGCCGCUGCUGGCGCCAACGCCAACGCAGUGGUAGCCAGCGCCCGCCGCGCGGACCAGAUUUUAGAGGAGAUCAGCCACAUGGUGUCGUGCGGACAUAUCUACCUCACCUUCGUGGAGCGCAAGCAGACGGAGUACGAGAAGCGGAUGAAGGCGGCAGGUGCGGCGGCGGCGGCGGAGAGCGGCAGGGAGGAGUCGACCUCGAUGGCAGCCGCGGGUGAGGUCGUCGCGGGCAGCACCGCCGACAACCUCUGGCGCACCAGCGACAACGCCCUCCUCAACUCCAUGCAGGACAUCCUAGGCGUCUACGUGCCGCUGCAGACGACGUACUUUACCAUCGCCUACGACCAAGCGGUCGACCUGCAGCUGCGUGCGAUCCGUGACGCCGCCAAGGAGGCGGCAGCCGCGGCAGCGCGUGCCGGCGGUGGUGAUGCCUCGCGUACUGCGGCAGGAGCUCGACACGGCAACGCGUCAGCUGCACUCCUUUCUACGCCAUCAGCGGCGACCUUCAUGUCGGGUCUGCAGAAUCUGUACAUGGUUGCUGCCAGCAGCGCUGACGAUCUCAUCGCCUCUGUCGGCGUCGGCGGAGGAUCCGCUAGCGUUGCGGGCGGUGGCGCCUCUGCAGCGGCUUCGGAGGAGCUCGCGUCGUUCUGGUACUUCACCCACAACGGCCAAGUCACUCUGCCCGAUGACGUCUUCUUCGUGCUUCGGAUGGCCAUCCACCGCGCCAUGAACACCAAGUCGGCGCAGAUCUGCUCCGCUGCCGUCAUGUCCGCCAUGGACGUGGUGCAGUUGCGGCUCCUGCCAGAGAUCGAGUCGCACACGGUGAUCGCGGGCGCAGGUAGUCACGCCGGGGUCGGCGGCGCGGCGUCCAACUCGUCUGCUGCCGGGGGCCGGCGCCGUGCCGGAGCAGCACCGCGCGGCGGCUUCCUGACACCUGACGAGCUGCACUGGACCGGCGCGGCGCAGCGGACUGCGACGUACCUGCAGCGCAUGGCCGACGAACUGCAGCAGCUGGGUGAGGCGACCUUCUCCGCGACGCCGCACGAUGUGACGCGCUUCCGCGAGCUUGCUGGCAACAUGCGCACGCUGGGCAGGACUCUGCAGGACAAGCUAAUCCCUGCCUGGCUCGAUGCCUUCGCGGACGUGUGCUGCGACAGCGUGCUGCCGCAGCACAUGGAGCGCUUCGCCGCUGUUUCGUACGACAUGAAGGAGGCGGUGUACUCCCACUACGAGCUCAACGACGUGUGGGUGCAGGCGUGCUUGGUAGACCUCGGCGCCGGGCUUCAGUACCUCCAUCAGCACCUGGCCGAUGCGAAGCUGUUCGAUGCGCUACUCACGGCAAUGGCGCGGCGGGUGGCAAAGUGGGCAUGCAGCGUGCUGCUCCGUAAGCGCGUCAGCCUCUUCGGCGCGCUUCAGGUCGACAAGGACGUGCGUGCGCUGCGAAGCUUCUUUGUGGAGCGGACGCAGACCGAUCUCACCCCAAUCCGUGACGCGUUCGCGGUGCUCAACUUGAUGGCGACGCUGCUGCUUUCCGACAAGCCGACAGACGCACUGGAGGAGGCGGCGAACACGGCGCUGACGGCGGACGAGAAGAAGAAGGUGCUGCUGACGCGCGUUGAGUUCCGCAAGGAGGCGGUGAUGGCGCUGCCGCUGUGA